GCUGACGAACGAGGCGUCGUAGGCGCACGACACACACCCAUCGCCCGCCUUCCACCACCGCCGCCGUCCUCUUGCGGAUGGGAUUGCUCGCUCCCGCAGCCUUGCCGUCACUCCCCCGCAAAGCUUCGUUGCGGUCCUUGUCGCUCUCCAGGUCGCAGCUUGGCUGAAAGUUGGUCCACGACCUCGACGACCGCGCUCGCCUUUCCCUUAUGGCACAUGCCAGCACCCUGCUGCUCGAUUCCAUGCUUACAUGUACAUGCUGCGCCUUCGCCCGCACAUUCGCAAUGGCCGCUUCCGCGCCAGACCUCUGCUGAGCCAGCCAGCACUGCACCGCGCAUUGCCACUGCUCGUCACCCUCUGCGUCGUCCUUUCUCUCCUCUCGCUAUCGUCCUGUGCCACUCCGCAGGGCUGGUGUCCCCUGAGAUCCAAAUCAAAGCCGCCCGGAGUGCUUCUGGAGCCGGACGGCCCGGGCGCCUAUGAAUGGGACACCCAAUCUGCCUUUGACCCCGUCCGACAGUAUGGCGCGGCAGUCAAGACGCCCGCACAACUGUGUGCCGCCUUCCCGACCCACCUACUCAACGACAUCCAGCCGGUGCUGAAGACUGGUCACGCGCUAGUGCAGGCACGUCUCCGCACACAUUUGCGAACAAUCUCGGCCUGUUUGACGAAUCUCCUCAUCUUCUCCGACAGCGCCGAGACAUUCGAGGGCCACGACAUUAUCGACGUCAUCGCCGAUCUCCCGGAGCACUUGACGAGGAAAGCGAAGGCGCUGAAAGCGUGGCGCAAUGGCGCGCUGGCCGCAGACACCGCCACGGAGCCGGAAGGCUGGGGCGCGGACAAGUUCAAGUUCCUGCCCGAGCUCACCCGAGCAUGGCGAAUGCGUCCCGACAUGAAGUGGUACGUGUUCUUUGAAGACGACACGUACGUCGCAUGGGACAACGUCUUUCGCUUUCUCGGCCAUUUCGACCCCGACCAGCUGCUGUACUUCGGCUCACCGACUGCGGGCAACGAGGGAACCUGGUGGGCUAACGGCGGGCCGGGUUUCAUUCUCAGCCGUGGUGCGAUGCGCAAAUUCCUGGAUGUCGAUGUUGACCCCGACUUUGGACUGCGGCGCACCGAAGAGCACUGGGCCGUACUGAAUGAAGACUGCUGCGGCGACUCCACGCUUGGCUGGGCUCUUUGGUGGAGCAACAUCACGAUCCGCGGCGUGCAUCCCAUGUUCCAUUCGCAAUUCGCCCACGAAGUGACGUACAAAGAGGGCUAUUGGUGCCAGCCAGUUAUGUCCAUGCAUUCCCAUGGGCAAAUGACUGAAAUGGCCGAUUUGUGGACGUGGGAGUGGGAGAAUCGAGAGCUCGAUCAUCCUCUUUUGUAUCGCGAUCUGGCCGUGUCGUACUACGACUUUGCAAAUCUCAAGCCGCGGAUGCACUGGAACAACGCCGAGCGCGAUAGCUUUCGCGCCCCCAAUAAAGUGAACGCAGCCGGUCGCAGCGCACAUGCAUCAGCAGAUGACUGCCAGCAAGCGUGCGAAGCGCAUGACAACUGUUUCCAGUGGACCUAUCACCUUCGCGCUUGCCGUUUCGUUCGCUCGAUGCACUACGGACACCGUGAGGAGCCGGGCUUCACGGACUUUGAUCGGACUCAGGGCUGGUUCUAUACCUGGGGCUGGAGCGAUGCCGAUCGCCACUUCCACGCAGGGUGGAACACGGCCAAGAUACGGCAAUGGAUAGCAAACCAUCCGUGCGACAAGGCACGAUGGGUAAAGCCGAGUACCAGACGAGUAUAUUGACUGUGUUCCACACCAUUGCGCGCGGGCUACAGC